AAGAAAAAUGAUUAAACAGAGGCUAACUAGGUCGAGCAUCUGAAACGCAGGUUCAAACAGGAAAGUUCGUACAUCCCUCUGUGUCACUCAUUCGCACGCGACCUUCAAAUCUGAGGAUCAUUUGCCUCGGGUAAAUCUCUGCUCUCUCCCUACACUACACACUAUCCACGCAAUAUAUCUCAAUUGCUGCUCAACAAAUUUGAGACACAAUGUCUAUGGUGGAUGAGCCCUUGUAUCCAAUAGCAGUACUUAUAGAUGAGCUAAAGAAUGAUGAUGUGCAACUGCGGUUGAACUCUAUACGUAAGUUAUCCACCAUUUCACGCGCACUAGGGGAGGACAGGACCCGGAAAGAGUUGAUCCCAUUUUUAAGUGAGAACAAUGAUGAUGAUGACGAGGUUCUGCUUGCGAUGGCCGAAGAACUGGGUGUGUUUAUUCCUUACGUUGGAGGGGUGGAGCAUGCUCAUGUGUUGCUCCCACCUCUGGAAAACCUUUGCACCGUUGAGGAGACUUGUGUGAGGGACAAAUCUGUGGAGUCAUUGUGUAGAAUUGGACUACAGAUGAGGGAAAAUGAUUUGGUUGAUUGGUUUAUCCCUCUUGUCAAGAGGCUGGCAGCUGGUGAGUGGUUUACAGCUCGAGUUUCUGCUUGUGGACUGUUUCAUGUUGCUUACCCCAGUGCCCCAGAUGUGUUAAAGACAGAACUAAGGUCAAUAUACAGCCAACUGUGCCAAGAUGAUAUGCCAAUGGUGAGAAGGGCUGCUGCAACUAACUUGGGGAAAUUUGCUGCUACUGUUGAAGCUUCUCAUCUCAAGACUGAUAUCAUGUCGAUGUUUGAGGAUCUUACUCAGGAUGAUCAAGAUUCUGUUCGCUUACUCGCUGUUGAGGGUUGUGCUGCUCUUGGCAAGUUAUUGGAGCCUCAAGAUUGUGUUGCACACAUUCUCCCUGUAAUUGUCAAUUUUUCGCAGGACAAGUCUUGGAGGGUUCGCUACAUGGUUGCAAACCAGUUGUAUGAGCUUUGUGAAGCUGCAGGACCUGAAUCUACUAGGAUGGAUUUGGUUCCUGCUUAUGUACGUCUACUUCGAGAUAAUGAAGCUGAAGUACGCAUAGCUGCUGCUGGGAAAGUCACCAAAUUCUGUCGGAUUCUGAAUCCUGAACUUGCUAUUCAGCAUAUUCUUCCCUGUGUGAAGGAAUUGUCAUCGGAUUCUUCGCAACAUGUCAGGUCUGCUUUGGCUUCUGUUAUAAUGGGAAUGGCUCCGGUGUUAGGAAAGGAUGCUACAAUUGAUCAACUUCUUCCAAUAUUUCUUUCCCUUCUGAAGGAUGAAUUUCCUGAUGUACGCCUCAAUAUUAUUAGCAAACUGGAUCAAGUCAAUCAGGUUAUUGGAAUUGAUUUGCUAUCCCAAUCUUUAUUACCAGCUAUAGUUGAGCUAGCAGAGGAUAGGCAUUGGAGGGUUCGCCUUGCAAUAAUAGAGUAUAUACCUUUAUUGGCCAGUCAGUUGGGUGUGGGAUUUUUUGACGAUAAGCUUGGUGCCCUUUGCAUGCAGUGGCUACAGGACAAGGUUUACUCUAUUCGAGAUGCUGCUGCUAAUAAUUUGAAACGUCUUGCUGAAGAAUUUGGUCCAGAGUGGGCAAUGCAGCAUAUAGUUCCUCAGGUUUUAGAUAUGAUAAAAAAUCCACAUUAUUUGUACCGGAUGACUGUUCUAAGUGCAAUCUCGUUACUUGCCCCAGUCAUGGGUCCUGAGAUAACAUGUUCUCAGCUGUUACCUGUGAUCGUUACAGCAUCAAAAGACAGAGUGCCCAACAUUAAAUUUAAUGUGGCCAAGGUGUUGCAGUCCCUCGUUCCCAUCGUCGAUCGACCGGUUGUGGAGACAGCCAUCCGACCCUGUUUGGUAGAGCUUGCCGAGGACCCUGAUGUUGAUGUUCGUUUUUUUGCCAAUCAAGCACUUCAGUCAAUUGAUAAUGUCAUGAUGUCAAGCUAGACGAGUUCCUUCUCUGGAAAUUUUAUUGCUGAAGUUUUUUUUUGGAUGUCCUUUUUAUUUAGUUCUUCAACUAUUUUUAGCAGUGUGCGGCUCUAAUGCAGACGACGGUUUGUUUGCUUCUGAAGCAUUUUACUUGUAAAAUGGUUGCAUGUUUAUGGAAACGCUAAUCUUUAAGGAAAAGGGCAAGAUUUGCUUCUUGGCCUUAAAAAUGAUGUGAAUGUGGUAUUCCUGGCAUGUGUUAAA